AACAAGAGCGAGGGACGGAGCCGCUGCCUGGCAGACGCGCCGCGGGUGUCUUCGUCGCUCCGCGCCCCGCAGCGCCGGGCUGGGCAUCAAGUCCUUAGCUUGGAUCCUUGAAUACUGAACACCAUGAGCAACUACAGCGUGUCUUUGGUUGGCCCAGCUCCUUGGGGUUUCAGGCUUCAAGGUGGCAAGGAUUUCAACAUGCCCCUGUCCAUCUCUCGGCUUAACGACGGUGGAAAAGCAGCCCGAGCACACGUGGGGAUCGGUGACGUGGUUCUCACCAUUGAUGGGAUAAGUACAGACGGGAUGACUCAUCUAGAAGCACAAAACAAGAUCAAGGCAUGUACAGGCAAUCUGAAUAUGACUUUGCAAAGAGUGGCUUCUGCAACAAAACCUGAUCUUAUUCAUGUACCAAAGGGAGAACCUAAAGAAGUAGUUAAGCCUGUGCCUGUUGCCUCUGCUGCUGCAUCCAAAGUCACUGCCAUGGCCAGUGUGGCUUACAAUAAGACCCCGAGGCCAUUUGGAGCUGUGGCCUCCUCAAAAGUCACCUCCAUCCCGUCACCGUCCUCUGCCUUCACCCCAGCCCAGGCGGCACCCAUGCUCCCCACCCCGGCCCCAUUUGCUGCACCAGGACUGCAUGUUAACGCCAAGCCUAAUGCUGAUGGGCGGCCGCCCACGCCGAGCACUGCUAAACCUGCCGUUAAUGUCCCACGGCAGCCUGCCACGCACAAUGCCGCCCCAGGCGGCCAUGUCGGCGACAACACCCAGGAGCUAGCGGAGGGGCUGCGACGAGGAUUCAGAGAGAACCAGGGUGACAAUAAACAGCAAAAUGGCCCACCACGGAAGCACAUUGUGGAUACCUAUACGGAGUUCUACCACACCCCUACUCACAGCGAUGCCAGCAAGAAGCGGCUGAUCGAAGACACUGAAGACUGGCAUCCCCGGACAGGCACUACCCAGUCACGCUCUUUUCGCAUCCUUGCCCAGAUCACCGGCACUGAUCAUAUGAAAGAACCAGAACAUGAAGGUUCAAAGAAGUCUAAGGAAAUAACUGCGGAGUUGCCCUCUCCUGAUGCAUCAGUCCUUUUGCCAAGCACCGCUGGCACAGAGCCUCCUCUCCCUGCAAAGUGCAGUGUGGCUACACAGACCCCAGAGCCCCCUCUGCCCACCCCUACGGCCAUGCAGCCACCUUUUGCAGCCCCAUCUGUGGAAGCGACUCCUGUUGUGCCUCCUCGUCCUGCCAGGCAUGAUGCAUCUGUGCCUACUUCCGAAACAAAUGCUUUUGGUAAUAUCUCAAGCUGUCAGUCUAAAUCGUCCAUAAGUCACACAAGUUUGUGUGCUAGAACAGAAUUUCUGGGAAGUCCUUCAGGAAGUCUGGCCAAGCUUGGACCUGCUCCUGUUCCAGUUUUUUCUCCUUUCAAGCAGAGAUCAAAAAUUAAGCGUAUGGCUGCUGCUGCCGUGUCUGCUGCCAUUGCUGUUCAUGCCAGGCUCUCAGAACCUAGUGCUUACCGCUUGCUCUUGGAUGCCCUGCUCAUCACCCCUGUAACUAAAGCUCCUCUACAAGCCAGCAGGCCCUCCAGGAAGUCAACAAGUGCUCUGGAGUUGCCAAACAGCAAGAGUGAUUCCGUGGAGCCUACCCCACCUGCCACUUCAGUGAGGAAUGUGUCUGCCAGCCAUGAAAGCCCAGAUGCUAAACCUACCCCCACCAACAAUACCACAUCUCCUUCAGCUCCCAAGCCAACAGGACCCCCAAGCAGUGCCAAGUACUCAGGCUGGCAGCCUCCAAGCCAAGCAGCUCCUGCCAGUGGAUGGACAUCAAACAGUAUUAAAACAUUUGGAACAACUGCUCCAAGUCAGAAGUUUGAAACAGCUUCUCAGCUAACAGAGCAGGACACAUUGGUUCAGAGGGCAGAGCAUAUUCCUGCAGGAAAGCGUACUCCAAUGUGUGCACAGUGCAAUCAAGUCAUUAGAGGACCUUUCUUAGUGGCCCUGGGGAAGUCAUGGCACCCAGAGGAAUUUAACUGUGCUCACUGCAAGACUUCCAUGGCUUACAUUGGAUUUGUGGAAGAGAAAGGGGCUCUGUACUGUGAGGUCUGCUAUGAGAAGUUCUUCGCACCUGAGUGUUCCAAGUGCCAGAGGAAGAUCCUUGGAGAAGUAAUAAAUGCUUUGAAACAAACUUGGCAUGUUUCCUGCUUCGUGUGUGUGGCCUGUCAUAACCCCAUCCGCAAUAAUGUCUUCCACUUAGAAGAUGGUGAUCCCUACUGUGAGACGGAUUACUAUGCCCUCUUCGGUACUAUGUGCCAUGGCUGUGAAUUCCCCAUUGAAGCUGGAGACAGGUUCCUUGAAGCCCUGGGCCACACUUGGCAUGACACUUGCUUUGUAUGUUCGGUAUGUAAUGACAGUUUGGAGGGUCAGACUUUCUUCUCGAAGAAGGACAAGCCACUUUGCAAGAAACAUGCUCACUCUAUCAACAUCUGAUUCUUGGAGCUCAUCUUGUUUAGCAAGUGUACUGAGCAGAAGGAAAGGUCAAAAUGUCUGUGUUCAAUAAUUGGUUAGAAUUAUUUAUAUAUGCUAUGUUAAAAAUGGAAGAGAAAUGUGGAAAGUUUAGGUGUUUGUACACUAUUUUUAAAGUCCUUAUCAGUUAGGGAUUUGCUUCAUAAAAAGAUGGGAAUUGGGAAUCGAACCCAAGCCAAACUAUUAGAGUGCCUUUACAUCUGCGCUUGGCGUAUUAUCAGGUUCAUGAUUUUAUGACCACAUAUAUAUAUACUUACGUAUGAGAAGGGAAACUUCUCUAAAAAUAAAUAGCUGAUACUAAUGUGUUGGUUUUGCUGCUGUUCAACAAACAAAAUGAGAUUGGCUUCAGUGAUCCAGAUCACUUUAUUUUGCUGAUGUUUUCUAAAGUGUAUCUAGAAGUACUGAAGCUAAACUCCUUUAAAAAGGAACUCAAAGCAAAAAUAGGCUUACUUGGUAUGUAUGCAGUUCAACAACGAAUAAUUUCAUCUGAUGCUCUGAUAUAUGAAGCCGUAUCUGCGCCUUUAGCAGUGAGGUCUCUGAUGGGCCUGCAGAGUACGUAUGUUUUUACAAAGCAAUUAAGCAUAGGUGGCAACACGGGCAAACAGGAGUGACUUAGAAGAGGCCACUUGAAAGAAAGCGUAGAAGGGAUACUGCUCCUUACAUCACGGCAUGUACUACCAGAACACUAGCCAAAACAGAGUGCUAGUUGAGUUGCAUUUGACAAGACAGAAAUGUCAGAUUAGAUCUUCAGUACAAGGAACUGGGAGUCCUCUGUUCACAGCUGAAGUUUUAGGAAGUUUUCAGUGCCUUGGGAAGGAAAUCACAUUGAAUCUAUGCAUAAAAGUGUUUAUAACUUAAAUGUGAUGCUUUGGUGUUUAAUGAGGGAAGCUUCUGAAAUGCAACUGAGGAUAUUGUUUUUCUCUUAGUGCACUAUUUAUGAUGUAGCUUAUAAAUACGUAUAUUGGUGGUGUGCCAGGUAGUGUACUGAAAACUUAUUUUCUUGCUCAGCUGUUAAUAUUUUUAUUAGUUUUGCUUUUUUCUCUCCUUUCCAGCAGAUGCAAGGAAUAUAUUGUUAAAUAAUGUAACAUUGAGUCAAGCAGUCCAGUAUUUCUUAGUUCUUGCAGGGGAAAGGAGACAAUACUGCCAUUAUGCAUUUAUUGCAAGCCAGGAGAUUUUACCAAUCCUGUAUGAAUUUCACUUCCACAAAGAGAGUCAGCACGAGACCUGUGCACUAGCUAAUUUUCACUUGUCUUCAAAUUAGGGCUCAAGUGGUAUGGAGUAAUAGUAAGCAUAUAGGGGAGGGGUGAUGACCCUCUGCAUGGGGUGAAUUUACUCCAGCAGAGUUGCACAACAGAGGAUGCCCUCUUGGGGCUAUAUUAGAUUUCUGAUGCAAAAUACAUUUAUGUGCUAUUAAAUUCAACUGAGAUUUUAGAGCUGAAUUGUGUUAGGCUUCAGUGCUCUUUCCAACACACAUUCAAAAUGACCAUUUGGCCAUUUAGUGGUCAGGUUUUUUGUUUGUUUUCUUCUGAUUUCUUUUUUCUUGUUUGGAUUUUUGUUGUUGUUGUUUGUUUUUCUAAAUGAUAAAAAGAAGUUUAGACAUAAAUUCAUGGGAAAAAUACAAAAAAUUACUAUGGUUGAGUAAGAGGAAAUGUCAACAAAAGAGGCGGGGAAAAUGCACCAAAAUUGCUGUACUGAAAGAUGGAAAGGUAUUUCUUUAUAAUUCAGUUAAACAGAUUUACAUGAUGGGCUGUUUCAUUUUUUUCACUUUAUUGCCUGAGGAUGUUUUUCUUCAAUACUACUGUUUCAUUUUUAACUUCUGGUGGUAUGGAAGAAAUGUCACAAAGCUGUUUAAGAUGUUUAUACUAUUAUAGAUGUAACCUUCUGUGAGUCUGCCUGAAAAUCAAAAGGGUGGAAGCUGAAUGGAUGAGAUAACAGCAAUAUGAGCCAGUUUACUUUUGAAAAAAAUGGAAUGUGGGAAAACGAGACCUAAGAGCUAGGUGUCCAUACAGCUACAUUGCACAUGUUUGAGGGAGAGGAUAGGAAUGCACAGGGUAAGGUGGUAUUUUCUGCAUUUCAAACCUCGCAAUUUCUAAGUAGGAUAGAAGCUCUUCAGUGGGUGCAAAGUUUGUCAAUGUUCUUACAGUCAAUUUGAUUUUUUUCCUUUUUUCUUCUUCUUCUUUUUUUUUUUUUUUUUUUUUUUUUAAAUUUUAGGUUCACAAUUUUUAUUGGGUUUAUAUUUCUUAAUUCAUAUGCUCUAGCAUUUGAACUUUCACAGUUGUUAGUGAAUUUGAGGACAAGCCCCUGAAAGGCUCCAUUAGGACUGCUUCAUUUAGCUGCUUUGUGUUUUAGCUUUUGGUAUGUUUAUUUGUUUAAAAUUUAAAAAGGAAGCAUAGAAUCACCGAUAUGUAAUGAGUAUUUAAUGGCUUUCUCAAAUUAUCUAAAUCAAAUAAGACAAAAAGGAAAAUAUUGUUUGUUGUUAUUUUAAUAAGUGAGAUUUUAGUAGAGCACUUUAUAAUAAUGCCAUAUAUCUCACUGAAUAUUUAUUACUUUUUUGUUGUUUAGGACUAUUUCAUACUGGUUGUUUUAUUUGUCAGCCUGCAUACUUACCUCUGGAAUCUUUUGGCAUGUCAAUGUGCGUGUAUUUAUGUAUACUUACCUAGGUAUGCACGUGUGUACAUUGAGACAUACAUAUUUGUGCACAUAUGCAUACAUACAUUUGAUUGAAGACUUGACAUGGCAAAAAUCAGAGCAGUUUCAUUAUCAUUUGAUUUUGCUUGCUUGUUUUUAAAAUUCCCAGCUUCAUAAAAUAGAUCUAUAUCAUUCAUGUUUUGAGGCAAAUUUAGAAAGUCAGGAAACUCUUGUUAGUAACCUAACUACUGUAGGCUUUUGCAUGCAUUUUCAGCCAGUAAUUCCUUUUUCUUCCAAAACUGUGUUGAGAGAAUUGGAUUUAACUCUGUUUGAAGUUAGAAGAUCUUUAUAACUAAAUAAUUGAAUCAUGAUGAGUAUUUCAGUAAAUUGUAACUAAAUGAUUCAGAGUUAUGUGUAAAUAUAAUAAAUGCUUAAUAUAACAAUGCAAUAAACUUAUAAACAAAAGUUAA